UGAAAUAAAAUGGAAUUAUAUGAUUCAUCUAUUUGGCAUAGAGUGUCAGUUGGUUGUCAUUCAUUAAUACAACGAAUUGAAAUAUUCUUAUACCAUAUUUCUCUUCUGAUAGGAUAUAAUUAUACGAUAUCAAAGAAAGGAUGGGUCAUCACGUAAGCACGCUAGUUUCAAGUUUGGGGAGAUUUUUCGAAUAUCCUGUAAAAAGGAAACCCAUCUGUUUCUAUAGACAGGAGGAUUUCACAGCCACCGGAGAACCUCAAAGGAAAGUGUCUGACCUUCCAAAGGUAGCGAUGACUGACUACGACAAACUGGUGGACCAGUUCUACAAGAGACUAGCUGAACAACGUCAGUAUAACCAAGAAAUGAAAGAGCAGGAUCGCCGGUGGAGCAUUCAGAAGGUGGUGCGUCGAUUCCCCGGCUGGAACGAGGUCACCAUCGCCAAUCUGCACAGCCUGUUCCUGCUUUUCGACAAUCAAUCUAAUGGCAUGCUUGGAUUUGAUGAUUUUUGUGCAGUUUUAGAGAGCUUGGGUGACGAAUCCACAAUGGAGGUCAGAAAAGACAAGUUCAACUUGGCAGACACGGAUAACGACGGAUGGGUUACUUAUGAUGAAUUUUUAUCGCUCGUGUAUAACUUCAGUCCGGCAGAGGAAGGCGACCUGGCGGGACUGGCACGACUCUGCAACGAAGUGGCCGACAACAUACAGUUCGUGAGCAACCUCACCGUUGGAGAACAACUCGAGUAUGGCUUGUUCUGACUUGACAUUAAUUAUAUUACGUUGUGCUACUAAUGU